UUGGCGAAACACUGUGUUGACUAUCUCUGUGUAUCUGAGCAUUGGAAAUCAAUAGAAGAACUUAAAGAGUACAAUUUUGAAGGAUAUAGGAUGGCUGCUGCUUUCUGUAGAGAAAAGGAAGUAAACUGGUAGCAAAUACCACAUCCAUCUUGUGCAGCAUCCCAUUACCAAUGUUAGAUGAAGGAAUGAACAUUCAAGUUCUAUCUAACCUAGGGAAAGAAGCGGAAUAGGAGAAAGAUGGCUUGUCUAACUACAGGUGGCGAAAAAACUAUGGGUACAUGACCACAAUAAGCGUGACAAUAGUUAUUACAGCAGCCAUAAUUACGGCAGGGCUAUACACAUGGAAUAAAUGGUGUAAACAGGUAAACAAUUCGCAGGAUACUGCUCCACAUGAUGCAACCAAUGAUGACUGGACUCUUCACCCACUAAGGUCCAACUCAGAUGAACCAGGGGAUCCCGAUAGCGAGUACAGCGAAUCCGUCGCCCGGGAUAAUGUCUGAUAUUCAUGAAAAGAUUAUCAGACAGGCUUCAAUAUUUCAUAUUUUGGGCGAACAAAUACAACUGCAAUGCGGCACUUUAGCUUAAUUGCAUUACUUUUUGAGGAUUUGGCACAGAUACCAAGGUCAUCGGCUGCACUUCGUGAUCGCUAAAUAUCAUUGAGUAAUUAGGUAGUUACGAAUUAAGAAAUAUUAGAUCCAAUAUAAAUAGAUUUACGAACAUGAAAUAAACCAUCCUUCAGUUUCUUCUUACUUAAUUCACUACUGUGUAUAGUCAAACCCAAAGAAGUGAGCCUUACAACCUCACUAUCUUUUACAGUUAAAUUUUUCUUCUAAUAGUAUUUUCUCAUUAUUUUUGAACGUCUUGAAGUAGAAGAGUAUCAGAGUUUUUAGUUAGUGAAAACAGUUUACAUCUAAAAUCACAAUGUCGUCCGAUGAAGAACCGAGUACAAGUGCGCCAAGUGCAAAAAGAAGAAACUACCAACAAUUUUACAAGAAAGAAUGGGAAGAGGAAUUUCCAGGCUGGUUGCAAGUAAGCCGAAAAGGAAUAAACAGCGCGUAUUGCAAAAUAUGUAAGAAUGAUAUUGAUAUCGCGUUAGGGAAAGGCGCUUUGAGGAAGCACUGUUCUUCUCAAGGACACUUGGCAUCAUCCAAUAGUUAGAAAUCACAACCGCAGAUAUCCUCGUUUGUAGUGGCAAAAAAUCCAAUUCCAGAAAUACAAGUUAAACAAGUUAAGAAUGUUUCAUCAUCUUUUAAUGAAUACAAGCAAGCAUUUUUGAAAAGUAGAAACGCCCUUAUUAUUAAUUAGGGAAAGGUGGGGUAAGACGGGGUAGCGAGGUAAGAUGGGGACCCUACCAAAAUAGAUAAUGCAGUGCCACUAGAAAAUUUAUUUUAACGCCAUCUGACGGUAUUCAUCAGUAUUAGUUGGUGUUAGUAAAAUUUAGGCGUAGAAGUGCAGGGAUCCACUUGGUAAGUAUGUUUUUUCUAAAUUUACGUGGUUUUAUCUGAUUAUUGACUUGUAUGAAGUGCGUGACUGUUCAUAAUAUAUGUUAUACAAGGUGCGUGAUAUAUUCUUUUAUUAAUGUUUGUUUAUUUUACCAUUCUUAAAUCAUUAAUUCGUCCCGGUUUGCUUUGGUUUACAAAAUACAAUACACCUGUCCAGUUUGGGAAAGAUGGGGUACCUACUUCGGGGCAAGACGGGGUUGGGACCCCAUCUUACCCGCUCCUUUGCUAUUCUUUUUGGAUCUAGAUUUCAUUCAAAAUUAUAAUUAUAAGUUGGGUUAAUUUGAUUAUUUCUUAUAGAUUAUGGUCCGAAAUUAUGAAAGAAAAACUAAUAGAGGAAAGUGGAGUGAAGCACAAAUGAAAUUAGCCAUUCAAGAAGUAUUGGAUGGAAAAAAGGGUUACAAAUCGGCCAGUAAGGCUUAUAAUGUUCCUCAAACAACACUCGAGCGUAAAGUUAACCAAGCAAGAAAAAGAGAAAAUAGUUUUCAGAAUGUCAAGGUUCCCUUAGGUCCAAUUACAACAGUGUUUUCUGAAGAAGGAGAACAAAUACUUGUUGACUAUUUGAAGGAAAUGGAAGGAAGAUUGUUUGGUUUGUCAACAUCCGAAUUCCAGAAGUUAGCCUAUGAGUUAGCAGUUCGUAACAGACAACACAAAUUUAAUGAACUCAAGGAAAAAGCUGGUAAGGACUGGCUGCGUGGAUUUCUAAACCGUCAUCCUCAUUUGAGUUUACGAAAGCCUGAAAAUACUUCAGCGGCUCGUGCUGCUGGAUUUAAUAGUGUCGAAACAUUUUUCGAACGGCUAGGAAAAACACUUGACGAAAACCGUUUUACUCCAGACAGGAUAUAUAACUGUGACGAGACAGGUGUUUGGGUGGUGCCAAAAUCACGGUCCAAAGUGAUCGCAGCGACGGGUAAAAAGCAAGUAGGUGCUCUGACAUCGGCCGAACGAGGCACGACUAUAACGAUUGAAAUUUGUUUCAACGCUGCAGGGUCAUACCUUCCUCCAAUGUUCAUAUAUCCCAGAAAACGUAUGAAGCCCGAACUUCUCAAUGGAGCUCCACCGAACUCAUGGGCUGAAUGUUCAGAUUCUGGGUGGAUUACUGCAGAAAUUUUCUUGAAAUGCUUUCAGAAGUUUGUAAUACUCACCAACGCUUCUAAAACCAACCCAGUUAUGCUGAUUUUAGAUGGCCGCGCUACUCAUACCCAAAAUCUGCAGUUAAUCGAUGAAGCACGUAAAUACGGUUAGCCGAUAAUAUGCUUCCCACCACACACCACUCACAAACUACAGCCCGCAGAUGUUGGUUUUAUGUGGCCUUUGAGUAUAUUUUAUGAUCAGGCUCUAACAGCAUGGUUAAGAUCUAAUCCUGGGAAAGUAGUUUCGCAAUUUCAAGUGGCUGACUUCUUCGGGCAAGCGUUUAUCCGGGCAGCAACAAUGCUAACUGCAAUUAAUGCAUUCAAAGCAUGUGGGAUCUCGCCUUACAAUCCACAUAUUUUUACCGAAGAUGAUUUCAUUGCUGCAGAGGCUACCGAAAUCGAAUUGAACGCUGAAAAGGAACCCGAAGCUGAUACAACUCCAACACUAUACAUAGCAGCAAUCUCACAACGAACACUGACAGUUCUACCAACAAUAACUUCGUCACUGAUACUCAAACGGCCACCUACACCACCAUAAAUUCUUCAGAAAACACUCCACCUCAUCCAACUGCUACGACCUCAUAUGUAGUACAACAAGCCUCAGUAAAUAAUUCUUUGGAUAAUGCAGUAUUCCAUCUGGUUAGCCAAAAACUGUUAAUGCCAUUUCCACGAAUGGCCGAAAAAAAACGAGGCAAGUUCGGAGAAGAGGAAAAGCAGCUAUUAUCACUGCUUCUCCAUAUAAAACAGAAUAAGAGGAAAAACAAAACAGUAGCAAACCGAAACCUGAUGUCUCAAGCGAAAAGAAAAUGAAAAAAUGAAAUAAGAGAUCUCGAAAAACUAAGCAAGCUGAAGAAGAAGCUCAGACAUCAGAAGAAGAAGAUACACCAUGUCUAUACUGCCACGGCUUGUAUUCCGAGUCUAUCGAAGGAUGGAUCACUUGCCAGGUUUGUUCUAAUUGGGCGCAUUGUGGCUGUGCAGAAGUGGAAGACAACGAUGAUGAAGUUGUCCACAUCUGCCCAUUAUGAAAAGAUGAAGACUGUUGAAUAUUCUGUACCCCAUCUUACCCAAGGGGGUACCCCGUCUUGCCCUAUAGUUGGGGUAAGACGGAGAGAUUUUGUUAUUUUUUAAAUUAGAUAUUUAAAUGAGAAGAAUAAUUUUGUUUUUGUUUUGACUGAUUGUUAUUGAAAAAAGAAAGACUGAUUAUUUUCUUAAUAAAAGUUGCUACAUUUUGCAAUUAUAAAGAAGGGUUUUAUUCAAGAAAUGUCUUAAGGUCCCCGUCAUACCUCACCUUCCCCUACAUACCUUUCACAAUUUCGGGAGAAAUAAGAUUAGCUUCAUUUCUGGCUGAAUAUAAUCUUCCGUUUACCAUUAGGAAACAUCUGAUCCAGGCCGUUUCUCCAGAAUUGCAAAAGAACUGAAAUAUUCCACAACGAAAACACACGCAAUCGUAGAUAAUGUAUUACGUAAACCUAGUUUUGCUAUUUUAUGUGAAGAUCUGCGAAAAAUUAAGUUUCCAUUCAUUAUAGAUGAGUCAACUGAUCUAAGCACAACUAAACAUUUGUGCUUAGUCGUGCGAUAUGAGAAGAAAAAAGCAUUAGAGAUUGUUUUUUGGUUCUCAUUCUAUUGGAAGCCACUAAUGCAGUCUCCUCAUUUGAGCACAUCAUUAAUUUUUUUACCAGCUCUGAUAUUCCCUAUAAGAAGAAUUUAAUAGGUUUUGCAUCAGAUGGGACAAAUGUAAUGAUGGGGCGCCAUAACUUUGUAGCAACAAUGCUACAAAAUGAAAUUCAGAAUACUUUUAUUCUGAAAUGCACCUAUCAUUCUUUUCAUCUUUGUGCAUCAUAUGCAUGUACAAAAAUGGCAAGAUUUAUUGAAGACCUAAUAAGAGACAUAUACAAUUAUUUUUCAUCGAGUCCAAAAAGAGUUCCAGAGUUUCAGAGCUUCCAAGUUUCUUGUGACUUGAAACUACAUAAAAUACUCCACCCUUCUCAGACUAGUUGGUUGUCAGUACACGCCGCAGUGAAAAGGGUAGUAGAACAAUUUUCUGCCCUCAAGUUAUUUUUCAUAGACCAAGUGUCUAUGAACGAUCAUAUGAUGAUCUAUGAACUACAUUAUUAUUUUUGGAGUUCUUGGACUUCGUUCUUCCAUUAUUCAAUAAUUUGAAUAAAGAAAUGCAGGCCGAACACCCGAAAAUAGAUAUUUUAUAGGGAAAAAUAAC